AGGGUGCCCGCCAGGCUGCGUGACACCCACAGAUGGGUGGAGCUCAGUGCUGCUCCAGCUGGCAAGACGGGCCAGCGGGCGAGACAGGCGGGAGGACUGUGGCCCACCACGUGGGGUACUCCUGGUGAGGCAGGCAGACCUGGCCCUGUGGGUUUGGGGGUUCUGUGCCAGCUCUGCUCACGUCUUCAUGUGUGGAGGGGAUGUGAGUUAGGCUGUCAGAACAGUGCGGGCUCGAGGCACACACGUUUCAUCUAGGCUUCGGGCGGGGCGCAGCAGGUGGGUGAGGCUGCGGUGGUGGCUGCUGCCCAGGGUGGGAGGCUCAGGGGAGGCGCUCGGCAACAGGAGCAGGAAGUGAUGAGGUGGGGAGCUCAGCCGAGGGCUGCACAAAGACCUUCCUGGCCUGCCCCAGACAGAGCUGAGGACCCCUGGCCGUGGGCUUGGGUCUUGGCUUUACAGGAUGGGGCUGCCAGUGUCCUGGGCUCCUCCUGCCCUCUGGGUUCUAGGGUGCUGCGCCCUGCUCCUCUGGCUGUGGUCGCUGUGCACAGCCUGCCGCAGGCCUGAGGACGCUCUGGCCCCCAGGAAGAGGGUGCAGAGGCAGCGGGCGAGGCUGCAGGGCAAUGCGAUGGGAGCGGAAGCGUCCCUGCUGAGGCGGACCCACCUCUGCUCCCUCAGCAAGUCGGACACCAGACUGCACGAGCUGCACCAGGGCCCGCGCAGCAGCAGGGCCCUGCGGCCUGCCAGCAUGGAUCUCCUGCGCCCACACUGGCUGGAGGUGUCCAGGGACAUGACCAGACCGCAGGCAGCCCUCUCUGCCUUCCCACACCAGGAGCUGCCCUGGGCUCUGCCGGCAGCUGCAGCCACCGCAAGGUGCGCUGGCCCCGAGGCCACCUAUUCCAAUGUGGGGCUGGCAGCCCUCCCCGGGGUCAGCUUGGCGGCCAGCCCUGUGGUGGCUGAGUAUGCCCGCGUCCAGAAGCGCAAAGGGACCCAUCACAGUCCCCAAGAGCCACAGCUGGGGAAGGCUGAGGUGACCCCGGCCGCUCAGGUGGACGUCCUGUACUCCAGGGUCUGCAAGCCUAAAAGGAGGGACCCAGGACCCACCACAGACCCGCUGGACCCCAAGGGCCAGGGAGCGAUUCUGGCCCUGGCGAGUGACCUGGCCUACCCGACCCUCCCGCUCAGGGCCCUGGAUGUGGACAGCAGCCCCCUGGAAAACGUGUAUGAGAGCAUCCGGGAGCUGGGGGACCCUGCUGGCAGAAGCAGCACGUGCGGGACUCGGACGCCCCCUGCUUCCAGCUGCCCCAGCCUAGGGAGGGGCUGGAGACCCCUCGCUGCCCCGAACACUCAAGGACUUGUGCUCCUUCCUCCAGAGUGAGCCCGUCCCCCGCCCCGCCCCGCCUCACAGCUGACAGCGCCAGUCCCAGGUCCCGGGGUUGCCAGCCCGUGAGGUCCGUGAGGUCCUGGCCGCUCUGACAGCCGCGGCCUCCCCGAGCUCCAGAGAAGGCCCGCAUCUAAAUAAAGCGCCCUCGCAGGAGGAACGCG